AUGCCGGCGUUCAUAGCGACACUGUGCCUUUUCCUCAGCACUCGCUCCAUCGCAGAAUGUAGCUCCGCCACAGAGCCCAGUGAGUUCAGCUCCGCCACAGAGCCCAGUGAGUACAGCUCUGCCACAGAGCUCAGUGAGUACAGCUCUGCCACAGAACCCAGUGAGUUCAGCUCCGCCACAGAACGCAGCUCUGCCACAGAGCCCAGUGAGUACAGCUCCGCCACAGAGCCCAGUGAGUACAGCUCCGCCAGAGAGCUCAGUGACUACAAUUCCGCCACAGAGUCCAGUGAGUACAGCUCUGCCACAGAACCCAGUGAGUUCAGCUCCGCCACAGAACGCAGCUCUGCCACAGAGCCCAGUGAGUUCAGCUCUGCCACAGAGCCCAGUGAGUACAGCUCCGCCAGAGAGCUCAGUGAGUACAAUUCCGCCACAGAGUCCAGUGAGUCCAGCUCUGCCACAGAGCCCAGUGAGUUCAGCUCCGCCACAGAGCCCAGUGAGUUCAACUCCGCCACAGAACGCAGCUCCGCCACAGAGCCCACUGAAUAUAGCUCCACCACAGAGCCCAGUGAGUACAGCUCUGCCACAGAGCCCAGUGAGUUCAGCUCCGCCACAGAGCCCAGUGAGUUCAGCUCCGCCACAGAGCCCAGUGAGUACAGCUCCGCCACAGAGCCCAGUGAGUUCAGCUCUGCCACAGAGCUCAGUGAGUACAACUCCGCCACAGAGCCCAGUGAGUCCAGCUCUGCCACAGAGCCCAGUGAGUACAGCUCUGCCACAGAGCCCACUGAGUAUAGCUCCGCCACAGAGCGCAGCUCCACCACAGAGCCCAGUGAGUUCAGCUCCACCACAGAGCCCAGGGAGUACAGCUCCACCACAGAGCUCAGUGAGUACAGCUCCAUCACAGCGCCCAGUGAGUUCAGCUCCGCCAGAGAGCCCACUGAGUACCCAGUGAGUUCAGCUCCGCCAGAGAGCCCACUGAGUAUAGCUCCGCCACAGAGCGCAGCUCCGCCACAGAGCCCAGUGAGUUCAGCUCCGCCAGAGAGCCCACUGAGUAUAGCUCCGCCGCAGAGCGCAGCUCCGCCAGAGAGCCCAGCGAGCUCUGCACGCUUUCAGGAAAGCCGCUGCCACAGAAGCUGA